ACCUAGUGAUAUUUUACCGUGAUGUUUCAGUACGAUUUAUACAACCACAUCAAAAUCGAAUUAUUGUAUUUGGGUUAAUCAGUUAAGAUUAAAGUAUCCAACUCGAAAAGUUUAAGGAUUGCGACUAUGGAGUCGUUCUCGGAGCCUGUUUGUUAAGUGAGAAGGGAAACAACAAAUUCUAAAAGGAAUCAUAAAUCUUUAUGGAAUUAAUGCUAGGAGGGAAAGAGUGAAGUGAAAUCAUCUAAUCUUAUGGACAGUGAACUCAAUGCAGAAGACUGAGUCAGAGUUAGUCCAGGACAUGGAUCAUGGUAACCAAACAAAGAGAACAAGAAAAGAAUUAGAAAGUUAUAACAAAGAAAAUCCAAUUUCAAAACAACCAUAAGACAAAGAAGCAGGACAAAAAACACUGGGAGAACCAUAACCCUGAAUAAGCAAUAAUUGACAACAGAAAUGGAGGGAUCUCUUUACAGAGUAGGAUACUUCCUCAGCUGUAAAGGGAACUAUGAUGAAAAUCCUAGAGUGGCACCAAGUGGAAGCUGCUGUUGGUGUUUUGCCCCCUACCAGAGAGGAAAAUUUGACGCCAAAACAAAAACUGGGAGAGAAACAUAUAAUGAACAGAUCCCAUGACGGAGGGGUGUUCUUCAUGCAUCUCUCAUUGCUUCCUAGAAAUAAUUGGAUGUGAAGAAAAUCAAGUUGGUGUUGUCAUGACCCCAGAUAUUUAUCAUGAAAAACAGAUCAAAGAGCUAUGUGCUCUUCAUUCCCUGAACAACCUAUUUCAAGAUGGAGGAGCUUUUGCAAAAAGUGAACUUGACAACAUCUGCUAUGCAUUAUCCCCAGACAAUUGGUUUAAUCCACACAAAUCCCUCCUUGGCACUGGGAACUAUGACAUUAAUGUCAUUAUGGCAGCCUUGGUCACAAAGGGUUGUGGCAUUGAGUGGUUUGAUAAGAGAAAGGAUCCAAACAUGAUAGUUUUGGAAAAGGUGGUUGGAUUCAUACUAAAUGUUCCAUCUGAGUACCGUCUAGGGCCUGUUCAACUUCCUUUGCGUCGAAAACAUUGGAUUGCAAUUCGCAACAUCAGAGGUGUAUACUACAACUUGGAUUCAAAGCUGGAAGCACCUGAAAUUAUUGGGAAAGAACAAGAAUUAAAAAACUACCUCCGAGAAGAAUUAAGAAAUAAGGAUAAGGAACUCUUUGUGGUUGUAACACAAGAAGUGGAGCAAGCACGGAGCUGGUGCAGUCCAAGCACAAGCGAUUCAAGUACAAAUAAGUUUGGUGCAAUAGAUUCUGGAGCAGUAGGAGAUCCAAUUUACUUUGGCAGCUGUGAAGGCGUGCAAGAUACAAAAGCAUUCAACCCACCUGGUUUUUCUUUCAUUGAUCAAGACCCUCUUGUUGGCGACACUCCUGCAUCAGAAGUUGCCAUUAAGGCAAAUAGUCAUGAAAAGUUAUAAUACAGAAUAUUAUUUAAAAUCUUAUCUGUGUUUUUAAAUAGUAUAAAUGUUUUUAAUUGUGGUAUUGAAUUUUCAUAUAAUUUUUAAGUUUUAUUUUUUCUGGUAUACACUGAAAAUUAGACAUCCAUAUUUUAAGGAGGUCUAAACACUUCAAUUAUUAUGUGUCAUGUGUCAUUUUAAUUAUGUCAUUAACCUUCCUUGUCUAAAUGUUUGGGGUUAUGCUGUUGGAUUGCUACCUCACUGCCAUAGAUAGGUAAAUAUUGUGUUGUGAAGAAAGAUAUUUGACAUUCCAUUUUUUCUUUGGGGUGUUGGUACAUCAAACUAUGUAUUCUUUUCACUUAAUGUACUGUAUGUUGAAUACAGUGAAGUGUAAAUAUCAAAGAAAAGUUGAUAUAUCAAGUAGAACUUAGAGAGCCUGCCGCAGUACCUUUUUAAUUGAUAAAACACCUCUUACUGUUGUAUCAACAGAUUGAUAUUGUGAAGUCUGUGAUAAGUUUUGAAAGUUUUACAAGAAUAUAUUACCUACACUGAUCAUUUGUUUAGAGCUUCAUAUAAAGAUACAGCAAUAGACAUUUGAUAAUAAACAGCAACUAUUUUUGCUGAUUUUCUAACAUUUAAUAGUUAAUAUUUACUCCAGUAGUUAGAGGUACUGAAUUAUGCAUUAAUUGAAAUAUAUUUAAUAAGUGCAAAUUAAUUAAUAUAGUAUUUGAGUUGGAAUUUAUAAAUAUUCUUAGUUUUAAAGAAUUUUUUUUUUUAUUGCUUUGUUUGUUUUGUGAAACGUUUACAGAAUUCAUAAAGUAUAGGAAUAAUUUCCAGUACUUAACUUUUUCUUGAAACAUUGUUUUUUAUCAACAUUAGGCACCCUUUCUGUAUCUAUAGUUUAUUUAUUUGCAUAAUUACUUUGAUUUAUUAAUGGUAUUCAUGUUGGUGUGGCGCCUUCCUUAAAUGAAUAUAGAAUUUGAAUUUUUUUAUCAGGUUGGUGCUUUGGUGAAUAUCAUUUCUCAUUUAUACACAAAUGAAAAUAGUGUUUGAGCCUCAAAUAUCUGUAAACUGAGGCUGUCUGUUAUUUAUUGUAGAAUUGUAAUUCUUUUUUCCUUUGUAAGAUAAAAAGAUGUGUAGUUUUAUAUUAAUGGUGUGGAGAAAUUAUCUAUUGGAGGUGAAUUAUAAGCUCUCAAGGAACAGUCACUUCUGUAAUUUGAUAAUGGAAAUGUGCACAUCAAAGCAAACCACUUUGGUUAUACUACACUUCUCUUUUGUGUUUGCAUUUAAUAAAUUACUGUUUCUAUGUAAUAAUAA